AUGCCAUCAAUUCAAGCUGAAUUCCAGCGGCUGGUAAGAAUACUGAAGAAAUCCACUGUCAAUGAUCGUGCUGGGGCAGACCGCUUCAUUGAUACGGCUGGCAGCAUGGUCGAGGGCUCUACCUCGAGGCAGGUUAUCGACGAGUCAGCAGAAGAAUCCACCAUGAAUCUCGUAAGACAAACUACUCGUGAAAUAGAGAGUACCGUCUCGCCCUCCCAGCUACCGAGCAAUCCCCUCGACGAUCCUCAGUUCAUUGCCAAUGCAGCGACUCAACAGACUCGGAUAUUCGAUCGCGCCUACAAUAUAUGCAUAAAGGCAAAAAAAUUCUCAAACCACCUCACAACGCUGAUGAUGAUCUAUCAGAUAUCUUUGGGUGCCAAGGAUGCCACGGCUCUGAAGCAAAAGGAAAGAAAAUCUAAGGAUCAACGUCGGAUGUCGCGGAUCCUUGGACGUGCAUCGCAGUACCCCGUCUCUCCUAUCACAGCAAAUACAGCCGAUCUCGACCUCCUGGAGAUGAACGAUUACGAUGAAGAGAAUAUAAUCAAGCUCGCUCGGGACAGGUUCCCUAGUGGGGUGUCCAUCAAGCAACACUUGAUCCAACGCUACAAGGCGCGUUUCCCUGGAACGCACCUCGCGUUCAAGCUCUGGCACGAGCUUGCUGGUAGUCCAUGCGGCAUCAGUAAGCGCUUUUGGCAAAUAAUAAGAGAUCAGCAAGGUGAAAUCCCAAUUACCUAUUCCCGGAUCUAUUUCGUCAAUGUCGCUCUACCAGAUGGACAACUGGCCAGUAAAUUGUACACGGUCGUGACUGUAUCGUUGAAUAAGCAGGAGAAACCACUUGCUCUUGGUGAGCUUCCAUCAUCCACCGUUUAUACCGGCGUGAUUGAACUAAGAGUCCAAAGAUUUACCUCCUUCUGGUACUGUCUUGUGCUGCGGCGAAGCGUGUAA